UGACUGACAGUCAGCUGGUGAACGAACUGCUGGCGAGGCAGUGAGCUGAAUGAGCCGCUGGCAAGGCGGCCAGUGGAGAGGAACAGAGAUUGUGUUGGGAGAGGCAGUUUUUCAGUUUUGAAUACAACAGAGCUAGGGAAUAGAACAAAUUUCACCAGCUACAUAAGAAUGACUGAAGAUUAAAAGGACAAUGGACUGCGUGUAUCCUGAUGGUAUCUUGUGUACAGUGACAAGUUACUUGCUAUGGCAUCUGAGACUGAAAAGGCUCAUGCUCUUCUCCAAACUUUCAGCAUAGCUUCAGUUAUUUCCAGUUUAGGAUUGGGAAUAUUCUGCUUCAUAGCAGACAGACUUCUGCAGUUCUCUUUCAUUCAGCAACACGACUGGCUCCGAGCUCUCUCUGAUAAUGCAGUGCAUGGUGUGGUGGGAAUAUGGUCCUGGGUGAUAGUGAUUGGGCUCAGGAAGAAGAGUGACUUUAGUGAAGUCAUUUUAGCUGGUUUCCUCUCUUCUGUCAUUGAUGUCGACCAUUUUUUUCUAGCUCGCUCCCUUUCAUUACAGGCUGCUCUGACUCUUCCACAAAGACCACUUCUUCAUUGUUCUACUGUGAUUCCUGUUGUGGCUGUGACAUUAAAGUUUAUUAUGCACCUUUUCAGGCUUAAGGACUCAUGGUGCUUUCUUCCCUGGAUGUUGUGCAUAUCCUGGACUUCUCACCAUGUCCGUGAUGGAAUUCGUCAUGGCCUCUGGAUCUGUCCAUUCGGAAAAACUGCUCCCUUGCCAUACUGGUUUUAUGUGGCAAUCACAGCAUCUUUACCUCAUCUGUGUUCAUUUGUUAUGUAUUUAACAGGGACCGGAGAACUAAUGUCUAUAAAACAUGGAAUUCGCAUUGAUGUCUAA